CUGAAGAAAGUCACAACCUCGACAAAUCUCAAGGCCCUGAAUUGGGGUACUGGCAAGGAUGCGGCAAACGGUUCGACAUUCGGAGUACGAUGGUUCGGAAAGGCACCGUGGCACCGCAAAGAUUCUGAGGUUACUGUCGGUAGUGUGUCAAGCUCCGUCCGACAGGUUCUUGCCGGGAGAACGCCUCCUGCGUCUCCACAACCAGAGGCUUUUCUCAAUCGAGGGCCAUUUGACUAUGAGCUGACUCCCUACCCAGCUGGGGAGGCCACCCGCGUCAAAACUCCGCCUUUGCAUGAGAAUACCGCUGACGGAAAACCGCGAGGCUUCUUCGGAGAUCUGAUGCCGCCCGGCGAGGAGAUCGACGAUUGGGAUCCUGCACAUCUCACUCGACCUGAGACGGAGAAGUACGGCGGAAUCUGCGAAAAGAACUUUCCAAAGAAGCCCAAGGAAUGGUGGGAUGCGAAGCAGCGGGUGCAACUGAAGAAAGUAGUGCCAAGUCCACAGCCAUUCGAGUUCGACAUCCCGGAACAUCUACCGAGUAGCCCAAUGUGUCCGUCAAAUCCGAAACAUUCGUCCGGCGGCAAAGGACUGUGUGUCUACCAUGGAAGAAGGAGGGAAAGCUCGGGACUGAAGGUUGAGCAAGUUAUGAGAGAGCGACGUCAGGGAUCAGAAGUAUCCAUCACCUCGCAGGGCGACGAGUUCUAA